AUGUACAUCAAAUCGGGACACCGAUUUCUCAGUGACAAGGGCCAAAUAGUAUUCCCCGGACCACCAACGCGGUCAGCGUUUUCAUUCUCGUAUACUACCUCCACCACGACUACAACCAGCACCACAACACCAGCCCCGCCGGAAGUUCCACAUGCCGAUGAGAAUAACAAUUUUAUUGACAUGUGGCGAAAUAAAUCUGCAUCCAGUUCCGAUAUGCUCUCGGAUAAGAUACAGAUGUUUUACAUCUACAUUACGGUGACGAUAACUUCGGUGCUUGUAUUCUUCCUUCUGAUCAUGUUCGCUUAUAUGUGCUAUAAAAGGAAAGGCUUUCAAAACAUUGAAAGCCAACAAACUUUCGAGAGCACUCGAAGACAGAGCAGGCGGCGAUCGCGAAGUCAUUCAAGGAAUUACUCCAGAGAACGGGGUAUCGAAGAAUACCCGAGUCAGACUCUUUUACAGUAA